UCCGCUCUCCUUGGUAGAAGUUGCUGGACAGUCGUGGGCGUUUCGCAGUUAGUCGUUUUCUGACUCCGAGAGUGUGAGCGCUUAGGAUGCCGCGUGGAAGCCGAAGCCGCUCUUCCCGGGUGGCCCCUCCGGCCAGCCGGGCCCCUCAGAUGAGGGCUGCUCCCAGACAAGCACCUGCAGCUCACCCUCCAGCAGCAGCUGCACCAUCUGCAGUUGGCUCACCUGCCGCCGCCCCCAGGCAGCCAGGCCUGAUGGCCCAGAUGGCCACCACUGCAGCUGGUGUGGCUGUGGGCUCCGCAGUGGGGCACACCCUGGGUCAUGCCAUCACCGGGGGCUUCAGUGGAGGUGGUAAUGCUGAGCCCGCAAGGCCUGACAUCACUUACCAGGAGCCCCAGGGAACCCAGCCUGUGAACCAGCAGUCUUUUGGGCCUUGCUCUCUUGAGAUCAAACAGUUUCUGGAGUGUGCCCAGAACCAGAGUGAUGUCAAGCUCUGCGAGGGCUUCAAUGAGGUGUUGCGGCAGUGCAGAAUUGCAAAUGGUCUGAUCUAAUCAAGAAGUUGAAACUGAAGAAAUUGAAAUGGGCUCUACAUGAUUGGCAGUGCAAGUGUGGACCCUGACUAAACCUUCCUUCUAAUAGCUCCAUUGCUUGAGAAUAGCUAUUAAAGAGUUCUAAUUGUGUAGAUAUUCACUGAGGCUUGUAGUAGUGUUGGCACUGGGCAAGUGAUGGCCUCCUGAACCAACUGUGUUGUGUUUUGUGAGUUAAUGAAAAUAAAGUUGUUUUCUUCUGA